AUGGUGUUUACCUCUGCUGCAAAUACCGGCCAUUCUGCAGAAGCCUCUGCAUCUGGAAACAACAUGUUGCAGAACGCCAGCGGUACCGGCGGUAUCGGCACCGGCGUCACCCAAGACCAGGCGUCGGCAUCCUCGUCAACGUCAAUGUCAACCACCACCACCACCACCACAACAACAACAACAACAAUGAAAACACCAACAGAAAGCUUUUCGGCUUCUUGUGGUAACACUGCUGCCACAUACGAAUAUCCCAUCGCGGCGCAAAUCAUUGCCCUGCGACACACGUUCAGCACGGGCUCCUCCCCAAGACGACUAGCGCAGGUCGGCCGCCAGCUGUUCACGCUGUACGAGCCCUCGCUCGACGACCCGGCCGUGUUUCGCAGUGAUGACAUGGUGCGGGAUUUUGUGAACCUGAACCUGCAGUGGUCCCGCGCGGUGCGGUACGCGUUCGACAACGCGGCGGAGCCGGUGACGCACGACGUCAGCCUGCGGACUUUGGAGCUGCUUCACCAGGACUUGAACGAGGACUUGCAGGUAUGGCUGAUUUGCCGUAACAUGAAAAGCCAGACGUCGUGA